UAAAAACCAUACAGUAGGCUAAUGUUUAGGACGAUAGGUAGGUAGUUAUAGGGGGAUAAACACGCUUUAGGUUUUUAAUUUGUCGUUUUUUGGUUGAUAGUUUUUCGUAACGUGCCAUUACGUUUCCUUUAACGCCACCGGAAUCGCAGUGAAUGAGAUGAACGUCGGGGUUUCCCUCUCUGAGCCAGACACUUUGUGUUUUACGGUCAGCGCUGAAUUAGACAACUGCUCCUUCAUCAUCAUGCAGCUGGUGAAAAAAGACGGAAAAGCCGUACAUGUUGAUCAUGUUUCGACACCGGUGUCAGUCUGAAUGAGAGGAAAAAACCUUCCCUGCCACGGUUGACAAGGACUCACAUCCUGGAGCUGCCUCACCUCAUCCGCCGGUGUUGCGUUCAGUAUGAUAUGUUGAUGACAUUUUUUGGAAGUGGUCGUGCCUUUUGUUUUCAUUUCGGGAUAUGCGGAUUCGUGAAAGCAACGAAACGCAAACGAGCGGGCGUCUUUUUCUGCUCCUAAAAUGAGGAAGCGUUUUCAUAAAAAGACCCAGAAAAUGGCAAGAAGGUCUCGUCGUCCGUGGGCCCGGAUUUGAGUAAAAUGAAAAGGAAAGGAGCAAAUGCAACAGAAGCAGGAUUUUUCUUUUUUCCGACAGAAUGACACCAAAGGAGGUAAAACGGUGGAGGCAGAUGAGUCGCAGCAUCAAUGAAGGCGAUCUGUACAAGUUUUGAGUCGCUCAUAAUGAACAGAAAUACUUUGCAGCUCGAUAGCAGAUCGUUUCCACAAAAUUGAAAGAUUUUUUUCUGCUCUGGGAGAUUCACUUAUUCACCAGUCAUCUAUUUUCGCAUUGCAUUUGUUAUUUUUUCCUCAUUUGUUUGAUUUUUUUAUAUUUUUGAUCCGGAUCCAGCCCUGAUUAUUCAAUGGAAGUAUGUUAUCAGCUGCCGGUUUUGCCUCUUGACAGGCCGGUUCCUAAGCAUGUCCUCAGCCGGAGGGGAGCCAUUAGUUUCAGCUCCAGCUCUUCUCUCUUCGGGGCUCCUGAUCCAAGACAGCUGUCACAGAGACGAGGGGCCAUCUCGUACGACAGCUCUGACCAGACGGCACUGUACAUUCGCAUGCUAGGAGCUUGUGUAGUUUUCAAACAGCUGUUUCCAAGAGAUGUGAGAGUGAGAAGUCAGGUUGGAUUUGAACCAGAACGAAGAAGCUCCCACCCGUACCUGUGCAUCGACUUCCGAACUCUUCACACACGUCUGGGAUGUGGGUCUGCGUCAGCGAGCUCUGCUCCUGAAAGGAGGGUCCACAGACUACUCAGCUUCCAGAGGUACCUGCACUCAUCCCGUCUGCUGCGGGGAAUCCCUCAGCAGAUCCCCCUUCACCUCCUGGAUGAAGACUACACUGGACAAGCGAGAUGCAUGCUGGAAAAAGUUGGAACCUGGAAUUUUGACAUUUUCCUCUUUGACAGGUUGACAAAUGGAAACAGCCUGAUCACCCUCACCUUCCACCUGCUGAACCAGUACGGCCUGGUUGAGCUCUUCCGGCUCGACAUGGUCAAACUCUGGAGGUUCCUGGUCAUGGUCCAGGAGGACUACCACAGCGACAACCCCUACCAUAAUGCUGUGCACGCUGCAGAUGUCACACAGGCCAUGUACUGCUACAUGCGGGAACCCAUUCUUGCCAAGUCUCUGACCUCCUGGGACAUCCUACUGGGACUGCUUGCAGCCGCCACACACGACCUGGACCAUCCUGGAGUCAACCAGCCUUUCCUCAUUAAGACUGACCACUAUCUCUCUACACUGUAUAGGAAUACCUCAGUUUUGGAAAACCACCACUGGAAGUCAGCUGUUGGCCUGCUCAGAGAGACAGGGCUGUUCUCCCAUCUCCCUGCAGAGGACAGCUUAAACAUGGAGCAGGAGUUGGGCUCCUUAAUCCUGGCCACGGACAUCAGCAGACAGAACGAUUACCUGUCCAGGUUUCGUCUGCACUUGGACCAGGAUGACCUGUGCUUAAGCAACGCUACCCACCGUCACUUCAUCCUGCAGAUGGCUCUGAAGUGUGCAGACAUCUGUAACCCCUGCAGACCCUGGGAGCUGAGUAAACAGUGGAGUGAGAAAGUCACUGAGGAGUUCUUCCAACAAGGAGACAUAGAGAAGAAGCACAAACUUGAAGUAAGCCCGCUCUGUGACAGAGAUGCAAACACUGUUGGAAACAUUCAAAUAGGCUUCAUGACAUACGUAGCCGAACCGCUGUUUGCAGAGUGGGCCCGUUUCUCCGACACACGUCUGUCCCAGACCAUGCUGGGCUACAUGGGUCUGAACAAGGCCAGCUGGGGAGGCCUUCAACAGGAACAAACCUCCGUCUCAGAGGAGGCAGAGCCCAGCACAGCUGGAACCAACACAGAAGAGACCACUGCCGCCAUCGCCCGAAGAGACAGCAACACCACAACGGCAGGAGGAACCAGCUCCAAAGAAAUACCUCAGGGAAGCAGAGAAUCCUGACACUCCUCGUGGGCCCUUUCACCUCAACACUGGGGGUCGGGUGGGACGUGUGAUGUGCCGCAGACUGCCGCUGCCCCACUUGAUCCUAACACCUUGUUUUUGUUUUGUUGCUUUUGCCUCCCAUCUUGAUAAACCACUGAUUUUAUUUAAUUUAUUUAAUUUUAAUUCCUCUUUUUGGCAUAGAGCAAUACAUAGAUACCUCAUUUGGCUACUGCUGUAUUUUCUUUUAUUUGCUUUGUUUUAUUUAUUUGUCCACUGUAGUUCUGGCAUUACUGACUGAACACGCCACUUUUUUUUUCUUUUGGUGAACCUUAAGGGGAAAGUCUGAGAACUGAAGACCUUUUUCUGGUAUUUUGAAGUGCCAUUUGAAAACAAAGAUUUGAAGAAUGAUCUGAACUGAAUUGACCGAGACGACCGGAGUAUUCAGACUUUCUACCCUCCUAAGACUUUAAGACGUGUUGCUCUCGUACUGAAGAUUCUUCCUCAUGUAAAAAAAAAACAACAAAAAAAUGUGACAAGCCCAGUCCUUUUGCUGCCUCUUUGAAGACUGUUUACGCAUCUCCCUGUUUGUUUGUUUGUUGUUUCUUUCCCUUGAACUGAACAGAAUCAUGUCGGCUCCACGGUUUGCCUUCAAAGCACAGAUGUGAAGAACCACUCGUUUGAACUGUCAUCCCACUGUCGAAGCCAUGAGCAGAACCGUAUUCAAACACACCAGAUGCCAUAAUAAGUAACUCCGCCUGUGCUACGACGUGUUCUUGCACUCCUGAAUAAUGAUGGUGUUGGAUGUGCAUCCACUUUCCACGACACCUUGUGAAGGUAUUGUAGAAAUUAGUCUUUAUUUUUCCUGAUGAAUCUUCCAGCGCUGGUUGAACUCGGGGGAAUUUUCCCACCCAGACUGGAGAUCAGAAACUCGCUGCACAUGCAUCUAAACCUGGAACUCCACUCCACGCAACUCGACUCGCUCAGGGUUUUGCCAAUCUCUUCUAAAGAGGGAGAGGAGGGGGAGGAGGUGACUGCAGCUGAUGCAAGGUUGUCUGUUUUUUUAUUUUUAUUUUUCUCGGAUCUACUGAAGGGGACUCUCCCUCUCCACAGAAUGUCUCUCUCAGCCACAUGCAACCUAAAGGACUGCUCGAUUGAUGCCUUAUUACUAUGCACAAACUAUGCUAAGUGACCAAACCAGCUCCUGUUCCCAUCAAGUGCAUGGUGUGCUUGUCUUUGAAUGCACUGUCCAAUCCCUUUGCCUUUUUUUGUUGUGAAGAACAACUCCUAGCUGUCCUUUUCUCUUUUUUUCUCUCUCUCUUUUGUACGGAAACAAAAUGGUCGAGUGACUUUGAACAUUCCAUUUCUUUGUGUUUGGUUUGUCUACUUUGACUCUGUAUAGUGGCACAACUUGUGUUGAAACAUUUUGAAAGAUAACAGGUGCUUUUCUUACUUUAGCUGAUUUGUAUUUCGCUGUAAGUGCUGUAAGACUGUUGAUAAAACUGUUUACAAUUUGUUGCGACAGCCAUUUUUGGGAUGACUUUAAGUGUCGAGCCAGAUUUUGUAAAGGCUUUGCUGUAUUGACCUUUUUGAUACUUGCCUGUUGCAGUUAAGAUUUGAAUAAUAAAACCUGUUGCUGACAAA